CAGUCCACUGUUUGUCCUCAAUCCACCUCCAUCCAGCCCUUUUGACACCCAACAUGCACCUUCCCACCUUUCUCACAUCCCUUCUCUUCCUCGCAACAUCAACAUCCACCACAGCCACCCCUCUUGCCAAGCGCUGGGAGUGCUCCUCCAGCGCGCCCGGCGCGUUCAGCUGCUACCCGAGUAAUAUUGACAGCUGCAAGAACGUGGCUGGAUGGGUGAGCUGCGCGCAGACGGAGGGAAUUGAUAAGUGUAAGGAUCCUGCGCCAAGUGAGACGGUACCGGUUAGUCAGUGCCAAGGGGAUGCGUUUGCAAAGUGUGGUCUAAGAGUGGUGAUUCUAAUGCCCCCGCGCAAGCUGUGCGUUAUCUUCGCUGCAAAUAGGCCCGUAGCAAUGUUUCCCCAAUCGGCUGCGAUCCAUUCCCGAGGGUUUACUUGGAUAUGCAGCUUGUCAAAUGUCGCGGCUGGUGGGCCAUCAUCUAUCGUUAGCGUUUUAUUCCAUAACGACUUCAUAAUACCAACUGGUCAAUUGGCGCAUAUACAAACUCGUGCGCGAAUACCGGUCCUCCUCCCGUUCAUGUGUGAGACUGUGAAGGGAUUCUACGAAGAGAACAAAAGCGAACGAGACUAUGUCUUGAAUGAUGGCAUCUGCAAGAUCUGGGCUUACUCUGCAACCGACUUCCACCGACAUAUCGAGUGGGGUGGAGGCAGCCUUUACGAUUGGAUCGUGCUCAUGGGCUUCGGUGUCAUAGAACACGCGUUCAGAACAUAGAUGCCGACGUAGACUUUAGUAACACUUAAAUCCAAGUCGAACCAUGGUGGUUGCAAACACAUUCGCAUGACUGGUGGAAGAAAUCGUGCAAGAAGGGUGCGAAUUGGCGGUCAUGC